AUGUCAGGUGAGUCUCUUCAUCUGUCAGAGUUGAGGAUUGUGCUGCUGGGAUACAUACGAUCUGGGAAGAGUUCAUCAGGAAACACCAUCCUGGGCAGAGAGGAGUUUGUUGCCGUAGGGAGAACAGCUCAGUGUGUGAAGAGACAGGGACAAGUAGCAGGGAGGCAGGUCACUGUGGUGGAGGCUCCAGGAUGGUGGAAGAAUUAUCAGUUAGAGGAAACUCCUGAACUGACUAAAAAUGAGAUUGAGCUCAGUGUGUCUCUGUGUCCUCCUGGACCCCACGCUCUGCUGCUGGUCAAACGUGUGGGCACUCCAUUCACAGAGAGAGAGAAAAGAUCAAUGCAGAAACACCUGGAGCUUCUCAGUGAGAGAGUGUGGAGUCACACAAUAGUGGUGUUCACCCGUGGAGACUGGCUGGGAGGCACACCCAUUGAGCAGCACAUUGAGAGUGAAGGAGAGAGUCUGCAGUGGCUGGUAGAGAAAUGUGGGAACAGAUAUCAUGUCCUCAACAAUCAGAAGAGAGGAGAUCACAUGCAGGUUACACAGCUGAUGGAGAAGAUAGAAGAGAUGGGCUCUUCAUCACUGGAGCUCUAA